CUCCUGACGCAAUUAGAAAUGUUGGAAGUUGAAAAAACUCAUUAUUUCCAGCCACAUCCUUCAUAGAUUCCUGCUUUGGCUUAGCGGUGUGGGCUGACUGGUGGCGUUGGUGGUUAUCUAUGGCUUCAGCUUUGCCAUUGCCACCGUUGCCUUGGCCAUCAGCACCACUGCUCAAACCCAUCUGCCGCUGCCACUCCUCCCGCUCUGCUCUCUCUCUGCAACAAGAAAAUUCCUCUUCCCGACUUACUUCCUUCAACUACCGCCCGGCCGUUAUUCUCCCAGGCUUAGGAAAUAACACAAGUGAUUAUAAGAAGUUAGAUGUUACCUUGAAUGAGUACGGCGUGCCUACGGUAGUUGCCAAGGUUUCAAGGAUUGAUUGGCUGAGGAAUGCUGCUGGUUUGGUGGACCCGAAUUACUGGCGUGGCACUUUGCGUCCUCGCCCUGUUCUUGAUUGGUAUUUGAAGAGAGUUGAUGAUGCUGUUACUGAAGCGAGGGAACUUGCCGGAGGUAGCAGUUUAUCUUUAAUUGGACACUCAGCAGGAGGAUGGCUAGCACGCGUCUAUAUGGAAGAAUUUGGGCCUUCUGAUAUUUCCUUGUUAUUGACUCUAGGAACCCCCCACCUGCCACCUCCAAAAGGUUUAUCCGGUGUUAUUGAUCAAACAAGGGGCCUCCUGAAUUAUGUUGAAAAACAUUGCUCAAAAGCUGUCUAUACUCCACAACUAAGAUAUGUAUGCAUAGCAGGGAGGUAUGUUCAAGGGGCUCAAUUCUUCGGUGAUUCAAAUCUGAAUUCCAGCUCUGAAGUCAGUAUAGAACUUGACCAGUCAAAAUCCGAGGCUACUAUAGUAAAUGCAACAAGCACAUCAGCAUCCGCUUCAACCCCUUUUAGAGCUCGCUUAAUCGGUCAAGGGUACAAGCAGGUUUGUGGUCAAGCAGAUGUAUGGGGGGAUGGAGUCGUGCCAGAAGUAGCAGCCCAUCUGGAAGGUGCUCUCAACAUUAGCAUUGAUGGAGUGUACCACUCGCCGGUUGGAUCAGACGAUGAAUCGAGACCGUGGUAUGGCUCUCCUGCCAUCGUGCAGCAAUGGAUACACCAUCUCCUUGAGUGACUUCCUGUUAGGUGCACACGAGGGCAGAGGAAACCGAGCAAUUCAUAAGGAGUCUCGAUACAUUCAUAUUGUGCAAAGCGUUCUUUUUAUUUGACCAACUUGGUCAAGAGAUGAAGUGCUCAAAUUAUUUUGAAGUUCUCUCCCUUCUAGUUUCAUCAUUUGUGACAUUUUUCCGCUGUCACGUUUCUUCCUUGUCAAUGGAGAUUCUGAUUAGCAAGCA